AUGUCUGACAAUUGGUCUGAUACCUUCUCUCUCAAACUCGAGAGUCAGCUUCCAGGGUCGGAUCCCGUGGUCACUGGCCGAUACGUGCUCCAAUCGACCGUGUCAUCGACACACAUGUCAUGGAAUCUAAAAGGAUCGCCCAUCAUCAGGGCUCAGCAUCAUUCACUUUUUCUCCAAACAGCUUCACGUUGGUGGCUGGUAGGUCAGAAAUUACCCAAGGAGACGACUACUUUGUGCAACAGGACAGCUCUGAAAACGACCCAGAAGAUGGCUCAGAAGAUGGCUCAGAAGAUGGCUCAGAAGAUGGCCCAGAAGCUGGCUCAAAAACGUUCUUCGUGCUCUAGAGAUUUAUCUGGUUUAUGUUUGCACUCAUGGAACCAACCAAACGAUCAAGAAUUGACCUGA